CGUAUGUAUUAAUACAAUAGAUACAUCUGGGUUUGCACCUUUCUAGUAGCUUUAGCUUGGACUGGAUUUAUUUAUAUUGAGAUAAGUCAGGAGUGAUCGUUCCGUGAUGUUGAGUUGUGGUUCGGUGGUGGUAGUUGUAUUCUUCACAUGGCACAUUGCGAUCGUGUAUGCGCAUAGACAGAUGCCUCUACCGAAUUGGAGUAUUACUAAAGCUUCAGCUGAGAUCGUGCAUGCACUGUCACGUGAUACCAUCGAACGCCCACUGACGUGUAUUCACAGAAUAGUAGAAAACGCCGCAAACCCUCUGCCAAACGCCUCGCUCACUUUAAUCGAUGCGACGAGCUACCCCGCUACAGUACCAGGUACGGUACUCUCUAACCUCGUUGAAAACCGCGCCUUUGAUGAUUUGUUGUGGGAGGACACACCGGAGAGAGACCUCUACUACAAAGACAAUCUGUCGCGAGUCCCUGAUGUCAAUCAAACAGGGAGGGCGUAUUACACCUAUGUAUGGCAGCCCAGGGUCACUCAGAAUAGGGCCACUCAGAAUAGGGCCGGUAGCCAACUGCACCAGCCCCAUACAAUCAGACCUGACCGGGAUACGGUGUUGGAGAAUGCUGCUUUAAGCCAUACGCAGGACGGUCCAACGCACCGCACGUGGCUGUUCUUGAGAGGGGCGGGUUACAUCUCAACUGUUGUAUGGACCGAUGCAGAGGGCACCCACCAUGUGAUUGGCUCAGCAGAAGGCAUGUGGUCACGCAACCUGUACGACGUGACUGGCCUUGAGCUGAGCCGAGUAGCUGUGGUCGUUGAGCCACCGCAGCACUGCGGAAUAGUAACGAGUGCGUGUGCGCUGACCACUGAGAAGUGUGGGCCACGUGGAGGUCUGUUGUGUGCUAAAAAUAGAACCGAGCCGUGUGGACAAGGCGGGGACCAUCAGCUGGCGCGUGAUGCAGGCGCAAUGCAAUUUGCGGCAGGGUGGGAUUGGGCCCAGGGCAUACCAGACAGAGUGACAGGACUGUACGACACUGCCAGUCUCCUGCACACGGGAUAUGUCCUGGUCAGACAUGCCACGGUAGACACACUGCACCUAAGCGGGUCCUCAGGGAUACCGGUACGAAAACAGCAAAAGCGGGACGAAGCGGAAGAGGCGGCCGAGUGCGUAAGCGCCGUGUUGCAGGCGCGGGUGGAGUUAGUGAAUACGCACCCGACCCUUCCCAUCACAGGGACUGCAGAGUUUGUGCUGGAUGGUACGGACGGGGGACUAAACGUGCGGCACACGGUGCAGGUAGUGGUGCAACCAGAGGAAACCAAGCGGGUGCGGUUUGGUGACGGUGAUGUGGGUGGGAUUCAUGUGGGCUGCGUGCGCUUGUGGUGGCCCCAUUCACUGGGGACAGGACCGCAUCUGUACCAGGCACAUGUGUCGUUCACAGUCGAUGAGCCGGUUGAGGACAAAGCGAGCCCGAAUGCGAGGGUCUCCAGGACACCUUAUGGGACUGUCCGGUUACGGCAUGGGAGGGCUGGCUUGACCACAGGGCCAGAUGAGAAACAGGGUGCGUCGGUAGCUGAAGUGUCUGACAUGGAGGUGUUUCAUGUGGGGAUCAAGACCUCUGAAGCAUACAUCGACGGCCACACGAAAGGACGCGCAUUCAGGAUAAAUGGACACAGGGUAUUCCUGCAGGGCGGUAAUUGGAUAGCCACAGAUGCUAUGCUCCGGUAUUCCGGCGAUGCAAACCGGUAUGAAGCCGAGGUUCGGCUGCACAGAGAGGCGGGCCUGAACCUGAUACGCGUGUGGGGAGGGGGUCUGACUGAACGACCAGAGUUCUAUGAGGCGUGUGAUAGACUGGGUGUGCUUGUGAUGCAAGAGUUCUGGAUGACAGGUGACAACAACGGCAGAUGGGCUGGCAGCUACAGCUGGCCGGACAAUCCGUCCUCCUACCUGCACCAAGCCGAAGACAUGAUCAAGAUGGUACGCUCACAUGUCAGCCUUCUGUUCUGGUGUUUUGGCAAUGAGCUUUGGCCAGAGACUCUCAAUCCUUCCAAAGACAUCGCCAGUGGACUAGAGAGUCUUCUUAGCACUCUAGACCCCACUCGUUUCUACAUACAGAGUUCGAUGGAUAUUGGGCGAAAUACAACAUUACCAAACAGCACGGCAGAUCACAAUGAUUCGUAUGCGUUAACACCGAAAGACGGCCCGUACCAUUUUUUAGAGCCAGAGUGUUACUAUAGGGAACACAAUCCCGGUCUUGACCCAGUGGAUGGGGAGCCUCUGUAUAUAUCCUUCAACCCAGAAAUAGGAGCUACUGCAAUCCCAUAUAAGAUGCGAGAUAUGGUGAGUAUGCUGGGCCAAGAGAGUGCCGAAGUAUACCCAGACGCGACCGAUGAGUCAUCCGACCGUAUGUGGGAUUACCACAAGUACGAAUCCGCUAACGCACUUCAAAGAGACUCGAAUGCUACACGCAGCACUGUGUACGUGUACGGACCACCGGACGAUACCACUGAGUGGCUGGCACAAGCAUACCUCGCACAGAUAAAGCAAUAUCAGAGCAUGGUCGAAGGCUUCGGAUCCAAGAUGUUCCUGGAUCGUGCGAGGGGUGGGAAAUCAGCCAUGCUAGUAUGGAAGACCCAGUCGCCAUGGCCGGCUUUAAGAGGGUUUUUGUACACACACAGGACUCUCGCUGUGACGGGGAUGUGGGCGGGUAUACGCGCAGGUAUGGUGAACUGGGACGGAAUACAUCCACAGCUUAAUCUCCAUACCAUGCGUGUUGAAGCGGUCAAUCGAGGGUUGCGCAACUAUACUACCAAACUCCGCGCGGAGAUUGACUUCUUUGACUUCAGCGGUGAACCAGUAGCCAACUCAGAGGGUGAUAAACUGGAACUGUCUAUAGACAGCGGUGUGCUUGCGAUGUCUGUGGCGGCGUCGGCCGAGACAAUUGUAUGGCCUACCCAACGCCACGAUGAAACACUCUUCGUACGCGUGAGGUUGUGCGCAGAGAGUGAUAUGGUGUUGGACGAGAGGGUGCCUACAUACCCUGCCCCACUCUGUAGCUCACACACUACCAUACAACCCGAAUCGAAGACACCUGUGGCUGCACAGCCCGCAUCGUGGUAUUGGCUACGGAGGGACCGGUACAGUCAAGUAGGACAGUGGUCGCACAACUACACCGACUUAGGAGAGUGGAGAAAGGAUAAGCGGUCCCAUACAUCGCUGACAUGCACCGCAUACUUGCAUUCGGAUUGUUUGAGCAUCCAUCUGGUGCUCGCCGUGACUAAGAAUGUAUUGUUUGCACCGUAUGUCGAGGCAUUGGAUGCGGGGGGAAAGGUCGUGCCAUUGGUACCGAACUCUUACAUGCCCAUGGUAGUCCUGCCUAAAACUACUGUGGAGGUAGACUUUGGAAGCGUCAGCAACGAUGUACACCACACACUGCAAACUAUCUCUACGCUCGAGGUAACUAUGUGGGCUGGAGAGCCGUGCGUGAUCAGAAUGUGAAUAUAUUAUGGUAGGUAAACUGAGCAAAGUUCAAGAAUAAAG